CCCGCACCAGAUCCUCGCCAUUUCAAUCCCACCCUCGUUUAGCCUGUGCGUUGCACAGCAUCGUCGUCUUAAUUCGCAUCCGAGCCCUCUUCAAAAACUUAGGCCAGUGCUCCCACAGAGAGAGAAAGAGAGAGAGAGAGUGUGUGUAGAGCCCUGGGUGGUCGUUCUAGAUCUCGGAGAUUCAUCAAAUUCAGCGAUGGCUCAGCCACUAGUGAAGAAGGACGAUGAUCGUGACGACGAAGCGGAGUACUCUCCAUUUCUGGGGAUCGAGAAGGGUGCCGUUCUACAGGAAGCUAGAGUUUUCAAUGACCCUCAGCUAGAUGCUAGGAGAUGCUCUCAGGUUAUUACAAAGCUUUUGUACCUACUGAAUCAAGGGGAGACAUUCACAAAGGUCGAAGCCACAGAAGUUUUCUUUGCUGUGACUAAACUUUUCCAAUCAAGAGAUAUAGGGUUGAGGAGAAUGGUUUAUCUGAUGAUAAAGGAGCUCUCUCCUUCUGCAGACGAGGUUAUUAUUGUGACAAGCUCCCUCAUGAAGGACAUGAAUAGCAAGACUGACAUGUAUCGGGCAAAUGCUAUUCGUGUCCUUUGUCGGAUAACGGAUGGAACCCUUUUGACCCAAAUUGAGCGUUACUUGAAACAAGCAAUUGUUGACAAGAAUCCAGUCGUUGCAAGUGCGGCCUUAGUUAGUGGGAUUCAUUUGCUCCAGACAAACCCAGAGAUUGUGAAGAGGUGGAGUAACGAGGUUCAGGAAGCUGUUCAAUCAAGGGCAGCCCUUGUACAAUUUCAUGCGCUGGGUUUACUUCAUCAGAUAAGGCAGAACGAUCGACUAGCUGUAAGCAAGUUGGUUACCAGCUUGACAAGGGGUACGGUGCGCUCUCCUUUGGCCCAAUGCCUCCUGAUUCGUUAUACCAGUCAGGUUAUCCGUGAGUCAGCCACCAACACACAAACAGGAGACCGCCCUUUUUAUGAUUUUCUUGAGGGUUGUUUACGUCACAAGGCAGAAAUGGUCAUUUUUGAGGCUGCCAGAGCAAUCACAGAGCUCAAUGGUGUUUCAAGUAGAGAAUUGACUCCAGCAAUUACUGUUCUUCAGCUAUUCUUAAGCUCAUCCAAGCCAGUGUUGAGAUUUGCUGCUGUCCGCACUUUGAACAAGGUGGCAAUGACACAUCCAAUGGCUGUCACUAACUGCAACAUUGAUAUGGAGAGUUUAAUUUCUGAUCAGAACAGAAGCAUUGCCACACUUGCCAUCACCACACUUUUGAAGACGGGAAAUGAAUCUAGUGUGGAGCGCCUGAUGAAGCAGAUAACAAAUUUCAUGUCCGAUAUUGCUGAUGAGUUCAAAAUUGUUGUAGUGGAAGCCAUAAGAUCGUUGUGUUUGAAGUUCCCAUUGAAAUACAGAUCUCUGAUGAACUUCCUAAGCAAUAUUCUUAGAGAAGAAGGUGGAUUUGAGUACAAAAAGGCAAUUGUAGAUUCAAUUGUGAUCCUCAUAAGAGAUAUUCCUGAUGCAAAAGAGAGCGGGUUGCUGCAUCUGUGCGAGUUCAUUGAAGAUUGUGAAUUCACCUAUCUUUCCACACAGAUUCUCCACUUCCUGGGGAUUGAAGGGCCAAAAACCUCAGAUCCCAGCAAAUAUAUACGGUACAUUUACAAUCGAGUGCAUCUUGAGAAUGCAACUGUUCGGGCCAGUGCUGUGAGCACAUUGGCAAAGUUUGGUGCCAUGGUUGAUUCAUUGAAGCCUCGCAUAUUUGUUCUGUUGAGAAGAUGUCUUUUCGACAGUGAUGAUGAGGUUCGUGAUAGGGCAACACUUUAUCUGAAUACACUUGGAGGUGAUGGCUCUGUUGUUGAAACUGACAAAGAUGUGAAGGACUUCCUCUUUGGAUCACUGGAUCUCCCACUUGUCAAUUUCGAGACAAGUUUGAAGAAUUAUGAGCCUUCAGAAGAACCUUUUGACAUUAACUCUGUACCGAUGGAGAUUAAGUCUCAGCCACUAGCAGAGAAGAAAGCCCCAGGUAAAAAGCCAACAGGGCUGGGUGCUCCACCAACUGCUCCGGCAUCAACUGUUGAUGCUUAUGAAAAGUUGCUUUCUGCUAUUCCUGAGUUUGCAGACUUUGGGAAGCUUUUUAAGUCUUCAGCACCUGUGGAGCUGACUGAAGCAGAAACAGAAUACUCAGUGAAUGUUGUUAAACAUGUUUUUGAUGGGCAUGUUGUGUUCCAGUACAACUGCACCAAUACAAUUCCAGAGCAAUUACUGGAACAAGUCACUGUCAUUGUGGAUGCUUCAGAAGCAGAGGAAUUCUCUCAAGUAGUAACAAAGCCUCUCAGAGCCCUCCCUUAUGAUACACCUGGGCAGAUCUUUGUGGCAUUUGAGAAGCCAGAUGGAGUCCCAGCUGUGGGAAAAUUUUCAAACAUGUUGAGGUUCACCGUUAAAGAGGUUGAUACAACCACUGGUGAGGCAGAGGAGGAUGGUGUUGAAGAUGAAUACCAGUUAGAGGAACUGGAGGUUGUAGCAGCUGAUUACAUGUUGAGAGUGGGGGUCUCAAAUUUCAGAAAUGCAUGGGAAAACAUGGGCGCAGAUUGUGAGCGGGUAGAUGAAUAUGGCCUUGGCCCAAGGGAGAGCUUGGCUGAAGCUGUAAAUGCUGUGAUAAACCUUCUUGGCAUGCAGCCCUGUGAGGGCUCAGAGGUAGUCGCAAGUAAUUCGAGAUCACACACUUGUCUAUUAUCUGGUGUAUAUAUAGGCAAUGUGAGGGUUCUUGUGCGCAUAGCUUUUGGAAUUGAUGGUCCAAAGGAAGUUGCAAUGAAACUGGCUGUCAGAUCCGAGGACGAGACUGUCAGUGAUGCCAUUCACGAGAUCGUGGCAAGCGGCUAGAAUUGUGUUGAGGAAUGCUUCACUCGACACGAAUUCAAAAUUUUCUUUCUUAAGAAAUGAGAUCAUCAGAGGUGGAUGGCUACAAACAGAUAUACUUGUAGAGUAGAAUUGCAAAAGACGCAUAGGUUUUGGAUUUAAGCUUUCUGGGGUAUUCAUUUGCAUUAUUUUGAGCAUUUUCCUGUUCAUCUGUUUACAUAAUGUACUCGAGUAUAUCAUGUCAUGCUCAUUGCAUAAUUUUAUCCUCAUGUAUGUGAUGUGAAUUUUGAGACA